GCCACCGGCUCCACCCAGCCGCUCUCCGCCUCUGCCCCCCGGGCCGGGGGCUCCUUCGAAAUCCACCCAGCCCCCAAGCCCGACUUGGCUGCCAUCCCAGCCCAUGACCUGCAGGCCCAGGCCCUGGCCAAGCUGCGCCUGAAUUCGCGCAAUUCCUUCCUCUUCGUGCCCCGCCGGGAGGGUGGCCCGGCUCUGCCACCGGCCCAGAGCGCCAGGCCGGGGCCGCUGCCACCGCCCUCAGAGGAGAAGGCACUGAAGGAGCCCCCAAGGGCUUCCGCCCCGGAGCAGGAAGAGCCUGUCGCUUCCCCACCGGCGCCUCUGGAUCCGUUGGUACCCGUGACUUACAUCGAUGACAUUGUGGAGCCAGACAGUGGGGAGCUUUCUCCCAGGGCCUGCUCGGCUGCAAGGACUGGGAACUUGGUGGAUCAGCCCGGAGGAGCUGGCCCUGACCUGGAGAUGGAGUUUUCCUCCGUGCCCCUCUACAGACCGCACUCUGCCCUGCACCAGAGGGGAGGUAGCACCUUCACUGUCGUGCCCAAAAGGAAGCCCGUUGCCUCAGGGCUGCAGACUCUCACUGAUGCCAGCGGAAGGCCACAGCCGGAAGAAGAGGAGGAGGAGGAGGAGAGCAAAGGAAAAGGCAAAGCCGUGGAGAACACUGAUGGGCCCCAAGUGGGGAUGUCCCAUAAAAAGCGCUACCCCACGGUGGAUGAGAUUGAAGUGAUCGGGGGGUACCUGUCCCUGGAGAGGUCCUGCAUGAGCAAGGCGGGCUCCCGCCGCAAGAAGAUGAAGAUCUCCUUCAAUGAGACAAGUUUGCAGACUAUGUUUGAGUACCCGUCAGAGAGCUCACUGGCAGAAGAAGAGGAGGAGGAAGAGGAAGAACAUGCUUCUGAAACAGAGGAGGACAAGUCUUGCACCUUUUAUGUUCCGCGCCCAAAUAGCACUUUGCAUCCCAAUGCACCUAACUCUGCAGAUUUAUCCAGCUACACCCCAAAGCACUCCGUGAAGUUCAGCGAGUGGCAGGAGCAGAAAUAUGAGGAGAUGCCUGCCACAGAGGGACCCCUCCCAAAGGAAGCUGAUUCCCAUGGGAACCAAGUCAUGCUCACCCCGGCAGAGAAGGGUGGACUCUCAGAUUUCAGCAGCGAGCCUGCUCUAUAUUUUUGAUCGCUUCAUCUUCUAGCCUGCAGCAGCGGCUGCUGGACAAAACGUGUCAGUGCACCUUCCAAAUGUCCAUGCAAGCACCACGGAAAUAAGCUUCUGGGUCCCUCCCUCACCACCAUUUUCAUUGGAUCCUGAUGCCAAGAGUGGACUAGAUGCUAUUGGGCAUCUUUGGAGAAUAUUUGCACUGGGUUCUGGGACCUAAUUACUACUUUUAAGGUGUAUGAUUUAUUCUACCUGUGGCCUUGCAUAUUCCUUGUUCAAGAUCAGCUGCCCAUUAGGCAAGCUUCUUAAGAACAGAUCUGUAAUCCCAGGGUGGAUGUAGAUUCUCUCAGUGCUUAUCCAAGUCUGCCCAUCCAGGCGCUGUACAGGGUCUGGAUGGCUUUUGUAAUGCUUCUCCCAUCAGAGGCCCCAGUGAAGAACAGUUCUGGAGUUGAAGCAUUGGGAGUAUCUGGGCAGUUUAGUUGGAUUCACAGAAGUGGUUGUGAUUUGACAACUAGAUUGGGUGUCAGUUUGGAAAACCAUUGAAGGUUCAUGGUUUGUUCUCAGCAUGUUUCUGGGUGUAGUUUCUCUGAACCAUCAUGGAAUUGAUGUGCCAGUUAUGUUCUUGUGAAGGAAGCCGAAGAAGUGUGAGGGUUGGGAGGGGGAAUAAAUGCCUUUAGCUUUAGGUGGCAUUUUUGCACUGAUCUGUAAAGAAGUGUCCAGACUGGCUUGAGCCUGUUGAAGAUUCCCAAACAUUUGUCAUCGCUUUGAUCUGUCCGUGCCGAGCGCUGGCAUCCAGCCUCUAAUAACAGCUGAUUGUGCUUCAGUUUGCCAGUUCCCCUUGUUGCUUUGUUCCAGCAUCUAACGGGGCCAGGCCCAAGAUUUAUCUGUCUCAGCUGGCGGGGAGGCUUCCUUCUUGCCGUGCUUGCUCUGCUCCUCUACAGCCAAGUGCAGGAGGGCCAUUUCACUCCUUUAUUCUGCAGAACUUGAACAUGGAAUAUGUUUGUUUUUUUCUAGGAUUUUUAUAGUUCUAUUGUAAUUGUUUAAUGCAGCCAAUAUGCAAAAGAAUCGGCUAGACUCUUCCAUUUAAGUUUUCUACUACUGUAAACUCAGGGUCAAAAUUGCACUCUGAAAAAGACGAAACACUGCUGCUAAUGUGAUUUGUACUUCUGGGAUUAAAAGAGAUGCGGUUGGAAUAGAUAUGGCCUCUUUGGGCUUCAUGAAGCAAGUGGUACCCCAGCACAUGGCUCUACCCAAAGGAACAGGCUGGUAUCUUUGAUUAAAUUUGAUACUUUUAUUGCUUUGUCUCUUACAUAUAGAUGAUGAACGUGUAGUCAAGCUGACACUGGUCUAUGAACUGAAAAUGCUCUCCAUACCUUGCACCUGGUUUGGUGUAUAUUGUAGCAGCAGGAGGAAGGUGGUUCUGCUGAAAAACAGUCAGGACUAAAUGAAAUGUUAGGACAUGCCUACUGCUAGCUGUUCUCUUGUGCCCUGGGUGCCUAAAUAUUUCUGGAAAGAUAAUGCAAAAAAAAAAAAAAAUCCCCCCAAAACCUCAGCAGUUCAUUAACUGUUGGCUGCAGGGGCCACAAAGGAACACUUCACACUUCCCUGCACUUGUAAGGCUUGUCCUUUUCAAGCUAACUCAAGAUCUGCUCACCGUGUGACCUCCCAGGAGCAGAAUGUGGCUGGCAAGGAUGACAUGACACAAGAACCAUGGAAAGAGCCGUGAAUCCCAUGUGCUGAGGCUUCUCCCGUUAAUGAAGUACUUCAGGACAAGGUGCUGAGACUGGGGCAGAAUGAGGAAAAAUGCAGGACUGCUAGUGACUGCUAGACUUAAGGGACAAGUAAGUUACCAGAUUUGUGGAGUUAAACACUGAGCAGUGCCCGCAGCCAAAGGAGGUCAGAGAUCAUGUUUGAAGAAAAGGUUAUGCACAGCUUUUCUAGCAGAAAAGGCCCCAGUGAGCAUCUUGCACUGUGGAAAAGCUCAGGCCAGUUUAAGGCAGCUCUGUGUCUCUCAAUUUUUAACUUAAAAAAAAUGCAGGUGGUGAAGCAAAAGCUGCUUGCAACUCAAGUUAGGGACAAGGCAUCUGAGCUAGGUGCUGACUUUGUUCUGCUGUGGAUCAAUGAGGAAUACUAAAGCCAAGAACAUCCUACAGCUUGUUCCACUGUCUUCAGCCAAGUGAAACGCUGCUCUGUACACUGCCUGCUCUUCUCAGUGAAUCAGCCCUGUGAUUACUUCUCUGGCUAGGACAGGCUCAGUGGAGGCGUGAGAGCGGAACGUGCCUCUCAACAGGAGCAUGGGAUACCCUGGGGCGCUGCUGAAUUUUCCUUCCGCUUUGCCUGCUCUACCUUGUAGCUGUAAUUUGCACCUCACUGAGUGCUACCUUUAUGCUUCCCAGCUUUGUACGCUAAGCCCUGUCUGUACCAGGUGAACUCUUAGCUUGUUCUUGGCAAAAAGCGAGGUGAAUGCUGUUUUGAGGGCAAAAGCAUUAGCUGGGGAGUCACCUCUGUGGAUCUGUUCAGUAUCACUGUGCUCAAAAUAAAGGUGUGGGUUUUUUUUUUUUUAGAGGCCUACCCUGAUCUCUAGCAUUGGAGGAUUAACUUUCAGUAUAUCUCUAGCUAAUACCAAAGUGCAUCUCAAAGGAAAAUUUACUUCACUUCUGCAAAACAAAGACUUUUAUUAAAUGUGGCAUCCUUGUACCAGAACAGCAGCUGUCCCAGACCAACAGGACUUUCCAGGUUGAAAAGCCAGUUUAGGAAUGCUUUUGUCCAUGUGUUUCUUUUUCUUUUGAAGUGCUUUGUGGCUCACUGGCUUUACUAGCAUUCUCGAUUUCUCCCUUCAGGACAUCUAGCAACAUCUGAGAACUCUCCAGAAUCUGGGAAAGAAAGAAAUAAAAAUAGCUUAUUUUUACAUAAACUGUUUCUCUUAUGAGUUCCCUUCAAAUUCAGCUGAUCUACCUUGCA